AUGAACAAAGAUGAAAUUGUCAUCGUCUCCGCCGCGCGGACUCCAAUUGGAUCCCUGAAUGGUUCCCUGUCCACGGUGCCUUUGCACGAGCUAUGUUCUGUGGUGAUCAAAGAUGUCCUAAAGCGGGCCGCGGUAAAUCCGGAAGAAGUUUCCGAGGUCAUCAUGGGCCACGUCCUGACAGCAGGUCACGGGCAGAAUCCAGCGCGUCAGGCCAGUGUGGGUGCGGGCAUUCCCUACUCGGUCCCGGCGUGGAGCUGCCAGAUGGUUUGUGGCUCCGGCCUGAAAGCUGUGUGUCUGGGGGCUCAGUCCAUCCAGACCGGAGAGUCCACGGUGGUAGUGGCAGGAGGCAUGGAGAGCAUGAGCAGGGCUCCUCACACGCUUCACAUGAGAGGCGGAGUCAAAAUGGGCGACGCCUCCCUUCAGGACUCAAUGGUGGCCGACGGUUUGACCGACGCUUUUCACGGCUACCAUAUGGGCAUCACAGCGGAGAAUGUGGCCAAGCAGUGGGACGUCAGUCGAGAGGCGCAGGACGUGUUUGCCGUCCGGUCGCAGAACAAAGUGGAAGCGGCGCAGAAAGCGGGACACUUCCUUCAAGAAAUUGUACCAGUUGUGGUUCAGUCCCGGAAAGGCGCUGUAGAAGUGAAAUCGGAUGAGUUCCCUCGGCACGGCAGCCAUCUUGACAGUAUGUCCAAGCUCAGGCCGUGCUUCGUUAAAGACGCCAGCGGCACCGUCACCGCCGGCAACGCCUCAGGUAUUAACGAUGGUGCGGCCGCCACCAUUCUCAUGAGCCAAUCGGAGGCCUCCAGGCGGGGCCUACAAGCCAUGGCCAGGAUCGUGUCGUGGGCUCAAGCCGGGCUCGAUCCAUCCAUCAUGGGCACUGGACCCGUACCGGCCAUCAGGAAAGCGGUUGAGAAGGCAGGAUGGCAACUGGAUCAGGUUGAUCUUUUUGAGAUCAACGAGGCCUUUGCCGCACAGUCAGUCGCUGUGGUUAAAGAGCUUGGACUCAAAGAAGAAAAGGUAAAUGUCAAUGGUGGUGCCAUUGCACUGGGUCAUCCCAUUGGAAUGUCAGGCUGCAGGAUUCUGGUAACGUUGCUGCACGCGCUACAGAGGACACAUGGAAAGAAGGGCGUGGCAUCCUUGUGCAUCGGUGGAGGGAUGGGCAUCGCCAUGUGUGUCGAGAGCCUUUGA